AUGGCGAGGAGCCAGUUGGCUGAGGAGACGUCGAUCCAGAGAAUCCUUCAGAAGUUGCCGUCGAUCCUCCAGAUGGUGAGGAGCCAGUUGGCUGAGGAGACGUCGAUCCAGAGAAUCCUUCAGAAGUUGCCGUCGAUGCUCCAGAUGGCGAGGAGCCAGUUGGCUGAGGAGACGUCGAUCCAGAGAAUCCUUCAGAAGUUGCCGUCGAUCCUGCAGAUGGUGAGGAGCCAGUUGGCUGAGGAGACGUCGAACCAGAGAAUCCUUCAGAAGUUGCAGUCGAUCCUCCAGAUGGUGAGGAGCCAGUUGGCUGAGGAGACGUCGAUCCAGAGAAUCCUUCAGAAGUUGCCGUCGAUCCUGCAGAUGGUGAGGAGCCAUUUGGCUGAGGAGACGUCGAACCAGAAAAUCCUUCAGAAGUUGCCGUCGAUCCUCCAGAUGGUGAGGAGCCAGUUGGCUGAGGAGACGUCGAUCCAGAGAAUCCUUCAGAAGUUGCCGUCGAUCCUGCAGAUGGUGAGGAGCCAGUUGGCUGAGGAGACGUCGAUCCAGAGAAUCCUUCAGAAGUUGCCGUCGAUCCUCCAGAUGGUGAGGAGCCAGUUGGCUGAGGAGAUGUCGAUCCAGAGAAUCCUUCAGAAGUUGCCGUCGAUCCUACAGAUGGCGAGGAGCCAGUUGGUAGAGGAGACGUCGAUCCAGAAUAUCCUUCAGAUGAGGACGUCGAUCCUGCAGAUGGUGAGGAGCCAGUUGGCUGAGGAGACGUCGAUCCAGAGAAUCCUUCAGAAGUUGCCGUCGAUCCUCCAGAUGGCGAGGAGCCAGUUGGCAGAGGAGACGUCGAUCCAGAGAAUCCUUCAGAUGAGGACGUCGAUCCUGCAGAUGGUGAGGAGCCAGUUGGCUGAGGAGACGUCGAUCCAGAGAAUCCUUCAGAAGUUGCCGUCGAUCCUCCAGAUGGCGAGGAGCCAGCUGGCAGAGGAGACGUCGAUCCAGAGAAUCCUUCAGAAGUUGCCGUCGAUCCUCCAGAUGGCGAGGAGCCAGUUGGCAGAGGAGACGUCGAUCCAGAAUAUCCUUCAGAUGAGGACGUCGAUCCUCCAGAUGGCGAGAAGCCAGUUGGCUGAGGAGACGUCGAUCCCGAAUAUCCUUCGGAUGAGGACGUCGAUCCUGCAGAUGGUGAGGAGCCAGUUGGCUGAGGAGACGUCGAUCCAGAGAAUCCUUCAGAAGUUGCCGUCGAUCCUCCAGAGGGUGAGGAGCCAGUUGGUUGAGGAGACGUCGAUCCAGAGAAUCCUUCAGAAGUUGCCGUCGAUCCUCCAGAUGGCGAGGAGCCAGUUGGCAGAGGAGACGUCGAUCCAGAAUAUCCUUCAGAUGAGGACGUCGAUCCUGCAGAUGGUGAGGAGCCAGUUGGCAGAGGAGACGUCGAUCCCGAAUAUCCGUCAGAAAUUGCCGUCGAUCCUGCAGAUGGCGAGGAGCGAGUUGGCUGAGGAGACGUCGAUCCAGAAAAUCCUUCAGAAGUUGCCGUCGAUCCUCCAGAUGGUGAGGAGCCAGUUGGCUGAGGAGACGUCGAUCCAGAGAAUCCUUCAGAAGUUGCCGUCGAUCCUACAGAUGGCGAGGAGCCGGUUGGCUGCGGAGACGUCGAUCCAGAGAAUCCUUCAGAAGUUGCCGUCGAUCCUCCAGAUGGCGAGGAGCCAGUUGGCAGAGGAGACGUCGAUCCCGAAUAUCCGUCAGAAGUUGCCGUCGAUCCUCCAGAUGGUGAGGAGCCAGUUGGCUGAGGAGACGUCGAUCCAGAGAAUCCUUCAGAAGUUGCCGUCGAUCCUCCAGAUGGUGAGGAGCCAGUUGGCUGAGGAGACGUCGAUCCAGAGAAUCCUUCGGAAGUUGCCGUCGAUCCUCCAGAUGGUGAGGAGCCAGUUGGCUGGGGAGACGUCGAUCCAGAGAAUCCUUCAGAAGUUGCCGUCGAUCCUCCAGAUGGUGAGGAGCCAGUUGGCUGAGGAGACGUCGAUCCAGAGAAUCCUUCAGAAGUUGCCGUCGAUCCUCCAGAUGGUGAGGAGCCGGUUGGCUGAGGAGACGUCGAUCCAGAGAAUCCUUCAGAAGUUGCCGUCGAUCCUCCAGAUGGCGAGGAGCCAGUUGGCAGAGGCGACGUCGAUCCCGAAUAUCCGUCAGAAGUUGCCGUCGAUCCUCCAGAUGGUGAGGAGCCAGUUGGCUGAGGAGACGUCGAUCCAGAGAAUCUUUCAGAAGUUGCCGUCGAUGCUCCAGAAGGCGAGGAGCCGGUUGGCUGCGGAGACGUCGAUCCAGAGAAUCCGUCAGAAGUUGCCGUCGAUUCUCCAGAUGGCGAGGAGCCAGUUGGCUGGGGAGACGUCGAGCCAGAAGGUCCUUGAGAUGAUGCCCUGGGCUGUUGAGAGG